AUGCUGCCAACUCUAGGAAUCCCACACUUUUCAAUACUUUCGGAUUCCGCUUACACUCUCCCGUUCACUACCUGGUGGUUGAUCUACGGCGGAGUUGUUCUCCUCUUCAGCACCAUGACCAGUAUCAUGAACGUCCUGAAAGUUGUUGAGAAACGCAUCGCUGAACACCGACUAGACCCACAGGCCUAUAUGGCCAAGAAGGCAGUUGGUGGUAACAGGGACAGUGGUGAAGACAGUAAAUAUACUCCGCUUUACGGCUUGUUGCCUGCAAUUUUACCCUGGACGUUGCUAGUGCCGUAUCUCUACAUGCAUCCGGAAAUACUGCACAACCACCUCGUCCCCGUCAUCCUAUUCACUAGUAUCCUUAACGCCUACUCGGUCGGACAGAUGAUUGUCGCUCACCUUGUUAAGCUUGAUUUCCCAUACCACAACGUGCUUAACCUUCCUCUUGCCGUGGGUGUUAUCGACGGUUUGAUUCCGAGACUUGGGCUAUUAGAGAAGAGCUUCAUAGCCACUGGGCAGAACCAAGUUGCCUUCGUCUUCAUGUGUCUGGGCCUUGCAGUUGGUAUAUACGGAAGUUUUGUGUUCGAUGUGAUUACCAGCAUAUGCGAUUAUUUGGAUAUCUGGUGCCUGACCAUCAAGUACCCCUGCGUCGACACUGCGGAUCCCCUGAAAGCCAAAAAUCCUUAG